CUCUCUCUCUCUCUUCCCAGUCAAAAAAGUUGAUUUGCGGCAGCAAAGCCCGAGACUUGUUCACAGUUCUCCGCCGACAAUUGCACAAAACGGUUGAUUUUUCGUGAAAUAUAAGGAAUCAGCAUUAAGUGCUACAUAGUUGCUAACAAGCUUGAAAUAUGAUGCAAAGUAUUGUCAUCUCUCUGGCACUUUGUGCCACAAUCUGUGCUGCUGCUCAGACGCGUAAUACGCCCAUCCAGGCCAUUGCCUAUGUGAGCGGACCCGUCCAAGCUGAUGGCAGCCAGGUCAAGGGGAACGUUACCUUCACGCAGAACGACUGCGGCCAGAAUGUCCAUGUGCGUGUCCAACUGGAGGGCCUGAAGGAGGGCAAGCACGGCUUCCACGUUCACGAGAAGGGAGAUCUGAGCAACGGCUGCACCAGCACGGGCGGUCACUACAAUCCCGACAAGGUGGAUCAUGGCGGUCCCGACCAUGAGGUGCGCCAUGUGGGCGAUCUGGGCAACCUGGAGGUCAACUCCACGGGCGUCAUUGACAUCACGUACACGGAUAAGGUGAUCAGCCUAACCGGCAACCGUGGCAUUAUCGGACGUGCCGUUGUUGUCCACGAGCUGGAGGACGAUCUCGGACUGGGCGAUCACGUGGACUCCAAGAAGACGGGCAAUGCGGGUGGCCGUAUCGGCUGCGGUGUGAUUGGUGUUAACUCGGAUGUGGACGAGUGGCCAUGCCGCGACGGCGGCGCCGGAGCUCUGCGGAGCUCUCUCUCCAUUCUCACCGUUGGCGUUGCUCUCUUCCUCGCGCGCAGCGUCUAACACAUGAUGAGAGCAUGUGGCAUGGGAUCGACUCGUUCAUCUUGCACACACACACACACACACACACAGGAGCACACCCACGUACAUUAAUAAUACUCCAACAGCAUUAUCCACCCAAAACUAAAACACUGCAGAGAAUAAUCAGAGUUAUUUGUAUUACGUUUUGAAAUGUUUGAUAAUAAAAUGUUGUUAUACAUUGGA